CUCAUGAAGACCAAAUUAGACCCAGAAGGACUGGGCAUCAUAUUACUGGGUCCCUUUCUGCAAGAAUUCUUCCCUGAGCAGGACUCUAGGGUUUCAGAGUCAUUCGCUGUUUACCAUUACAAUGGACUGAAGCAAUCUAACUAUAACGAAAAGGUGAUGUAUGUGGAAGGCACAGCAGUCAUUAUGGGUUUUGAAGAACCAAUGCUACAGACCGACGACACCCCUGUAAAACGCUGCUUGCAAACCAAAUGGCCGUACAUAGAACUGCUCUGGACCACAGAUCGAUCUCCUUCCUUAAACUGAUCUGUUGGGCAUGAACCACGUACAGCUGUCGAACGCCUGACUGGGGAUACAAGAAGUGGUGUUGCUUGGCCAGCAGCAGACUUUGACUGUGUGGAGUUAUACACUGGUAUCAUUGAUGAAUUGUAAAUAAUGAUUACAAACACUUUUUCAGUGUUAAUUGGAAUAUUUAAUUUUUUAAUCAGAUUGAUUUCUAUUAUAAUAGUUUGUCUUUUUUGGCCACUGUAGUACUGUUAAUGUGAGUUCUCUUAAAAAAAAAAAAAUAAGCCUACCUAUAAAGUUUUAACGUUAUUUUGCCAUUUCAUGGAGAUUUGAAAAAUGUCUCAUAUUGCAGAAUCUGCAUAUUAGAAGUCGGAUCUUUAAAACAUAAAACAUAUUCAGCUUCCUCUGAAUCAUAUAGGCAUGUUUUAUUAUUUAAAUUAUAUUGGCUUACAUUACAGUACCAUAAUGUGUGGACUAGACUGGCCUUUUUACUGGAUAUGUUUUGAUGAGUUUAAAUUUUCUGCAAUUUUUUCCUAAAAUCUAAUUUUUUCCUAAAGAGCUUGCACAAUGUGACAUAAAUAUGAUACAUUUUUAGGAAUACUAAUAAGUAUAAUUCAUAAAUACUCUUUCUUGGCAGUUGUAUAUUACUGUGGCUUAGUUAUCGGGCAUGUUAAAAGUGACAGAAAAUCUGAGGAAAAAUAGAUGUAUUAAUAUUUAUUUGAAUUUGUAUAAAAGAAAUGUAAAAACAGUGGAAAGAAUAUCUUGUUCUAUACUCUUUAAACUAGUCAAACUUAUAAUAUUGCCAAAUACCUCUUCUCAAUUUGUCCAAACAACAGUGUAAGCCAGCGUUAUUGUAUGUGUUAAGUGCAUGAGAACAUCUGUUAUUACAUUAUUAUAUUCCUUUAUUUAUUAUCAACUUGUUAGCCCUAAAAUAAAAUCUUUUCCUCGAGUCAU